GGCAGAGGAGAUGGAGAGAGGCGUCAUCCUCUCAUAUCCACAAUGUUCCAUCGUCAUCCUACUUCAGCCUCACUCAUACCCACUCACGAACCCUAAUUUACAUUUACAUCUCUCUCAAAAACCUAAUUUCUCCUCUCACCUUCGCUUCUCCCACCGCCGAUGGGAUUCCAAUGCCGAGACCUUCCGCACUCAAAGAUCACAAUUCAACUUUCGGGACACUGCCGACGAGGACGACGACGACGACGACGACGAGUCCCAGGAGAUGGACCCAGGGUCUGCGCUUUUGGAGGAAGUCAUUGAUAGUUUUUGGAUUUUCAAGGUAUUCAGAUCCUAUGGUUGGAUGCUUCCACUUAUCAUCAUAUCAGUCCUGCUAACAACUGGCCCAAAAGCUUUCCUUAUGGCAUUAGCACUUCCCCUUGGGCAGUCCGUCCUUUCUCUGGCAUUCAAGAAGUUUUGGGGUAUGACACAAAACAGCCCAAAACGUAGAGUCAGGACCAAGAAGAAACCAUUUGCCAGCACUCCAGGUAAUGUUGUUAUGGAUGAUGAAGAACAAGAGAAAAGUAAAGGUAGCCGAAAAAGAAAGAUGGGGUAUCAAUCAUGGGUAGCUGGAAAUGGUGUUUCUGUUGAUAAGGAUGUCCAAGCUGCACCCAAGUUUGGCGGAUGGGAUGAGCUGGAUGGAAGAGAAGAGUUUGGAGCAGGAUCAAUGCAGAGGAGGUCAGCCCGAACAGCAGGCAGCUCACAAAGGACACCAGUGAAGGGCAAAUUGAGUUGGGGAGGAAGGAAAGGGGACACCCCCUUAUUGUUAAGAUUGCUGAUAGCUGUUUUUCCAUUUUUGGGUUCAUGGACUAAGAUGCUCUAGGGAUUCUCUGCAAGCUUCAUGGCUUGGCUUCAUUCAUUUUGUUUGCAGGUGCCUGCCUUGAGUCACCCUGCUCAACAAAUCCUCAGAAAAUAUAUGUAUUUAUACGAUGAUAUCGAGUCCAAGGAACGAACAUUCUUUGCAUAGCAAGAAGUCCUAAAUGAUCACUGAGAACACCUACUUGUGUCACUUUCAUUGUUCAACUGACUUGGACAGUGGGGGAAGCCACUUCUGCAGAAAAAGAUGUGACUCCGAGUCUGAAUACUUCAUACUCAUUCUAUCAAUUGAUAUUGUAUGACAUUCUUUUAUGAUUGAUAUGUGGAUAUGAUAUUUUUUUUCCCCUCUA